CUGCGCGGUCAAUCUCUCGUGGGCUACCGUAACUACGCCGAUGAUGUGGUUGACGCUUUCGUUGCGCAGUCCGCAGACGCAGGCAUCGACAUUUUCCGCGUAUUCGACGCACUCAACGAUCCGAACAAUGUGCGGCGGGCGACGGAGGCGGUCAAGCGAGCAGGCAAGCACCUUCAGCUCGCAAUAUGUUACUCGGUUACGGAAGAAGGCAGGCUUGGCGGCCCCUACUACAACCUGGACUACUACCUCUCCAAGGCAGAUCAGUUCAAUGAGAUGGGUGCGGACAGCAUCUGCAUCAAGGAUAUGGGCGGCCUUCUCGCGCCUUAUGACGCCUACACACUCGUCAGCGCGCUCAAAAAAACGAUUGACGUUCCCCUCCAGCUGCACAGCCACUACACUAGCGGCAUGGCGACAAUGACCGCGCUAAAGGCAAUAGAAGCUGGAAUAGACGGCGUGGACACCUGCUGCGCCCCUCUCGCACUCCGCACGGCGCAGCCCGCAAUCGAGCCUCUGAUAUUCACCCUGCGCGGCAGCGACAGGGAGCCACGUGUGAAUUUUGACAAGGUGCUGCAGAUUGACGACUACUUCGAGCGCAUACUGCCCAAGUACCGCCGCCAUCUGGAAAGCGCCCGAAUAUCAGUGAUAGACGCCAGAGUGCUCUAUCAUCAGAUACCCGGCGGAAUGAUGAGCAAUCUCGCAUCCCAGUUGCGCGAAGCGGACUCUCUAGACAGGCUGGAUGAGGUUUUAGAAGAGAUACGACACACACGCAGGGACUUGGGCUACCCGCCGCUGGUCACGCCAUUGAGCCAGAUGACCGGCGCCCAGGCCGUCAACAAUGUGCUGUCCGGGCGUUACGCUACGAUUACGGGCGCCGUUAAAGACUACGUGGCUGGCAAGUUCGGCACUCCACCGGGAGAGAUCGCGCCCGAACUCCGCGCCAAAGCGCUGGGAGACAUACAUACGCUGGAUGCAGAAUCCUCCGAUCUGCCACCGGAAAUGGAUGCCGCACGAGACGCCGUCAGGAGCAUCACGACAGACAUCGAAGACGUGCUGACCUACGCCCUCUAUCCCGCAACGGGCAUGAAGUUCCUCCGUAUCAAGCACGGCUUGGACCCGAUGCCCGACGAGAUGAAGCCGGACAAAGACGCAGACAAAUCGAGCAGUACAGAAGACGCACCCGCGCCGUCAGCCCUCCCUGAAAGACCGCGCAGCCGCCAUACCCGCACAUUCAACGUGUACAUUGGCGGCGAACGCUUUGAAGUGGAAGUCGAACCGCAUACGCCCGAACACGGUAUGCGCAUCGCUCCCCCGCCACCUGCGACGCCCUCGUCUGUUGCGCCGCCCGAUUCCGGGCCUCAUUCCCAACAACAGCCGUCUCCCCCACCAAGUGCCGCACCCGAAACUUCAACUGACGAAGUUCCGCUCACGGCGCCGAUACCGGGUGUCGUGCUUCGGUAUUCUGUGGAGAUCGGGCAGAGCGUCCAGAGGGCGAUUCGAUCGUUGUACUCGAGGCAAUGA